ACACAAUCGAACCACCAAAGCUUCACGACUGUGGAAACAACAUCAGCCCGUAUUCACACAUCUCGCACAGAGCUUUAAAGCAUUCGUGAGAUUCAAAAAUGGCCGGCUUCGUUUAUCGUGAGAAUCGUGUUCCACACUACCAGAGACUCUUCCAGAGAAAGGACGGGAUCCCAGACCGCUGGAAGACUCCCAGAUCUCCACUCCUGCUCUAUCCUUUCUACGCUGCAACUGCCGUAUGCCUGACGAGCUCCAUGUACAUGAUGGGCCGCAUGGUCCUCGGACACAAGACAUGGUUUGGCAAGGACUAGGGUAUGAGUAGGCCAGCAUUUUCUCUGUGUAGGACUAUUUUCACAAGCAGGGCGGAUGUCGCUGGGAAAACUUGACAACGAAGCUGUAUAUAGCAUUAAAGAGCCCCAAUAGAUCUUCCGAAUCAUUGCCUCGACUAUGCUUCUAUGUCAUUACUUGUGCUUCUUGUAGAUCUGCUCUCGGAAGCUAGAUGAUCUUUUCACUUUGA